AUGUACCUGGUUGAUGGGAUGGAGCUGGAAGAUGUUGUUGCUGAGCUACUGCGUCAAGGACAUGAUGUAAACAAAGGACAGGUCGAAUCAAAGCUCAGGAGCUGGGGCUUCCGUAAGAAGCUUCAGCCCAACAUCUGGCGCCACGUGGAACAUGUUAUCCGGGACCGGCAGACUUGCUUGAGGAAGGCGACAACCGUCAUUCUCUCCGGCCGACGUAUACCCCGGGAGAAGGUCAAGAACGAGACCACCCGCCACAACCCACCCAGAUGGAUCCACUCAAUCCCUGCUGCUCCACCCGAAGAGCUUCCGCUGUACAUUUGCACGCCGCGAGGCUCCUCGGCGAGCUUGGUAACUGGCACACCGGACGCACCCCAGUAUACUUAUCCCAAGAGCCUCCCGUGGUUCCAGUUUCUCGAGCGUGACUUCCGAGUUGUCCUUAAAAGCAUCGAAUUCCUGCCUAAACCCCGGAAGCCGGUCAUUGGCGCCCUUGCCGAGCCCGAGGCCACGCGAGAGCUCCUGCAAAUUGUGCAACGACCCGAUGUCGUGUCUUUAUCAACUUCACAAAAGUCAACACUCCUUCCGGCAGUUUUUGAACAAAUGAUCAGGAGGUCCCUGGGUGUCGCCCUCAGAUCCGAAGGGAUGGCUAUCCAACUCCUCGCCCGGAAGAGCGUCGACCGCCUGGCUGCGCGAUUCGACAUGGUUCUUCCGCAAGCCUAUCCCGAUGAGAAUCUCCGCAGAGCCACCACGUUUGCAGGUGGCAGCUUACCUGACAUCCAGGUGGAAUUGCUCAAAGUCUUACUAUUUCUCGUGUCCAACCGGUUUAUCUUCGAUUGCCACUAUUCUGGAAAGUUCGACGGCGCCCGAGAACUGGUUGCUCUCUGCCAACUUUCGGGCCUUUCCCAGCUUCAGUCCCUUAAGAAGUUAGUCGGCCACUCCCACAGGAGUCUAACGAUGACGGCUAUUAUCGAUGCCUUGUUCAAGGCAGCUGUCCUCACUGGAGCUGCCGGCUUCGCGUGCAAUUUGUUGAAGGCAGAUGGUCGACUUAGACCAGAUGAAAUGUCUGGGUUUCCGGUGAUUUAUAAAAGGAUCAACCGGGGCGGGUUUGGUACUGGUGGAACGCCAGUUGAAUUUGCCCUCACGAAACGCUACGAAAGUCUCAUCACAGUUUUGGUCGAUGCUGGAGCCAAACUGCGUUCUUACCGCGUUCCAUGUGAAGAUUGGUCGCUUCUUGCUGUCGCCAUUUACGAGGAUUUCCCGUGCACCUUGACCCAGUUCCUACGCCAAAACGGCGCCCGUAUCAAUGGAUCCGGCUUUGAGGCUCUGCAUGCGGCUUUCAUCACAGGGAACCUCCAUCACAUUGAACGACUAGUGGCACAAGGAGCGGAUCUCAAUCUUCGAUAUCGAGGCCCUUUGGCCAACUCCAUGAGUGUUCUUUACAGUCCGUUUGCAACUAGCGAUUACUUCGAAGUCCUGCGGCACGUUGAAGACGUGGGUUGUCUCGGGUUUGCAGCUUCAUUCCACAGCGCGACCAUGGUUACCAAAUCCAAAAAGACAGUCGAUCUCCGGGAGAGCUUCGCCAAAGACCAAGACAAGGCACUAGAAUUAUGCAGGUUGAUCCACAGCAAAUACCGUUCGAAGAUGGACUUUUCAGACGGCCGCAUGACAGCCGACGCCAUGAUUAUCGCGUCGGCGCGCGGAUACACCAAAGUCAUCGCGUUUCUUUACGACAAGUUCUCAGCAAGCGUCAACACCCCGAGCGGACACCUGUCCCCCCUCUACGCGGCUGUGCGAUGGAAUCAGGUGGAGGCUGUCCAACUUCUUCUCAGACUUGGAGCACAUUCUUGUCCCCCGACGGCCAGCCUUGUUGGUGCGCGGUGCAACCGCAACUGCCAAUGA